GGUUGCACCUCGACACAGGCUGCGAGGCGUCCUCCUCAGCGUUUAACUGUGCGUACCCUACAGGAUGAUGCAAGUAAGGCGCAGUACUGACCACUCGACCUGCAUGAUGGUGACAUUGCUGACAUGUGCAAUCAUUUUGCACUCUGCGCCUCUGCUGCCACCCUCGUUUCUCGUAUUACCAUGUGCAUGCGCGCAGUCCGAGACAUCGUCAACAACGAGCAGCGACGGAGGUUCCACCACGAUGACCGCGUCAGGGGUGGGUUCUGCAGAAGGCGGCUCAUCUUCUUCGUCCGCCACUGCAGGCCAGGCGUCAAGCGGUGGAGAUGCUGGCAGCGGCAGUCUCGCCGGUGGUGGUGCUGGUGGCAGUGAUGGGGUCGGUACUACGGCUGCGGGAAGCUCGGUCGGGAUGUCAGCCGCAACGGGAGAUGGGGGCGCGAGCACCACCUCGACGACGACAGGAGCAGGGGCUGCAGCGAAUCCUGGACAGUCCACGGGAGGGGCGGCAGGGUCGGACCUGUCAUCUGGGUCUUCCUCUCAAGUAGGAGUAGGAGGAGGGAGUGGGGGGUUGCCAGCUUCUAGCGGCACAGCUGGAGUUUCUCUUCCUGGCUCGAACGAAGGGUCGAUCGGCAAUGGUCAGGCCUCAGCUGAUCAACCUAGCACGUUCACGGCAGUCGGGGCCGCAAGUGACAAAGGAGCAGGGCCAUCACCUCAGACUACAACCAGUACGGCCGCAGGUGAGCAGCCUCAGACGGGGGCUACCAUCGACUCCACUGUUGCAUCUUCGAAUCCAGUUCCCUCGACGACUACGACCAGGUCAUCCGUGAACGCUGGUACACAGCAGGCCGAGAAGGGGGCAGUGAAAGCGGACGGUGCACGCCCGUCCUCAACAGCUGGUGUCGUACCAACCACCGAGAGCAUGGAGAAGAACGCCGCGACUGCUCGCCAGCCCAACACGCCUGUGCUGAAGCAUCCUGACAUGGCCGAGAAUCUAGAAGACGCGGCAGGAACUACUACGGGUAGACCGAAGCCCGCUAAUCCUACUCAGCCUGAACUGAAGGAUGAAGUAAAUCCAACUGCUGCUAAUGUGAUCCCUUCCGCGCAUUCCGCGAUGCCCUCUCGUGCAGCGAAUGCACCGAAGAGUGUCGCGCCACCGACGGUUCCUCCUAGCAGCAGCAUGCGGGCAAGGGGUGUUCCACCGACGCCAUCGCCAGCAACUCGACCAGCACAAAUUGCGGCCGCGGAAAGAGCACAGUCGGAUACGGGGGCCCAGACUUCAGAUAAUCCGUCGUCGUCCGGCUCCACCAGCGGAAGAAGGCCUUCCAAUCAUGUUGAACUCCUAUCCUUCUUCAUUAUCUUGUUGUGGCCGAGUUUCGUAGUCGUGGCCGCCCGCAUAUGAUAAAAAAAUGAGAGUAGAAGCGGGCUCGUCACUCGUAGCAAUAAUGGGAGCGUUCGUUUAAGUCUUGGGCAGACAUGGAAGGGUGGAAUUUGGAGCGGAGUAGACAAGCGUACUGUCUCACGAGGAGCGAGUAGAAGAAGGUUCACCAAAGCCUUGAACAGAUAUAGACAAACGUGGUGAAGCUACUGGAGGGGAAAGUGAACGACAGCAGUGAGACCCGAAAAGAAUGGUUUGUGAAAGGAAAAAAUAAAAAGUAAAUGCUCGA